AUGCCUUUUUGUCGAUGUGGAGAACUGUGUUUUAAUGACAAGUGUAACAAGUGUGGAUUCAAUUUUCAAUUGGCCCCUGAUUUUUGUAAAUUUCCGAUGAUUAUAGCAAGCCCUGCUGUUGAUCGAUGGCAAUCUAGGUACUUGGGUAGCGUCAUAGGCUUGGAUAAUUUAACAUCUCCUGUUGAAGAAGAAGUCAAAGAAGAAUCUCGUUCAGCAUGCUCACCAUUCUCCCAGCGAACAAGCACGCCUAUUCUAAAGCGUAUCACUAAACCCUUCAAUAAUCUUUUAGACAGUAGAAGAGUAGCUCCUUCUAAGAAUAGUGUAACACCAUCACCCUCAAGAAGAUUUUCUACUAUCGCUGAAAACAGCUGUGGCGAAUGUUAUAAAAAGUUAUCAGGAAAAACCGUUCGUCUACCAGAUACACAGGUUAGAUACCACUGGAAAUGUCUCAAAUGUAAUGGUUGUACCUUGCCUUUUGAAGACACAUCUUUUUUUAUUGAUCCAUACAAGAGAGUAUAUCAUCCUAACUGUGCUCCUUCGACGCAAGUCAAUCAAUCCUGCUCCAGAUGUUCGCACUCGCUGACAGACACUUAUAUUGCAAUACACUCCGCCGUAUUACAUCCUAGGUGUUUCAGAUGUACAGGUUGCCAAAAAAUACUAAAUCCGGCAUCAAUAUAUAUUGAUUUAGAUGGGUCAUUUUGUCAGCACUGCACCAAUGAAAAACUACCGAAUGAUAAAGAAUUUCUGUCGAAACAUAUGAAGAUUGUUCCUCAACCACAAACAGUUGCUAUAAACUCCCCAAUAACGAAGCCGUAUAGUCCUUCGGUGUCCCUGGGGAAUAUCAAUCGUUGUAAAAGCCCUUCAUCAAAUAACCUUUUGUCAUCCCCUUUUAGCAGCAAUCGGCAAGUAAUAUCGUCACCACCCGUCAAUAACGGAUCUAUAAAAGCCUCCACUUUAAUGAGCUCUCGUGGUCGUCCGUUACCUCGAUUUGGUGUGGUACGAGAUUGUCCUGGCUGUAGUCAACGUAUUGUUUCUGUACACGAAGAAAUUCCAGGUCCUAAAGCUGCAAGAUGGCAUAAAAAAUGCUUAGCAUGUGAUGGGUGCUCUAAAAUAUUGGAUUCUGGAGCAACGGUUGCCGAAGAUUUGGAAACAGGAAAUUUGAGACCAUGGUGUACUACUUGUUUGUUGACAAAAAAAAGAAGUUGCCAAGUUCUUUAUCGCAAAAAUGGAAUUCGGCACUGA